UAGCACUACCACAUUACGUUGAUUCAACCUCUUCUAUCUUUCUAGCUUUCUCACUCGUUAUCUACCAAACAGUCAAACGCGUCACAGUGCGCGUGUUGUUACCAAUCGUUCCUUGCAAUUUCUUUUUAACCAUUAUCGUCGAUGAAUUUUUUCCAUUUCUUUAACCUCUCCUCAAAUUCUUUCUUACACUUUAUUCUUUACUAUAAAUUUCAUUUUUUCAUAAGAUUAUUCCACUAUUAUCUACUCCGUUUCAAUUUUUUUACAUUUAUUUACUCUUUCUGUACAUUGCUGCACUCCCUUGUGUCCUCCUCAAUGAUCUACCAACCUCACUGCCGAGCCGUCAUAUUUCCUUCACUCUAGUACCGGUGUUAAAUCUGUUCUCGAGUGUAAAUCAGAAAAGUUAAACUAUUUAAUAUCUCAAUACAUGCGAUGACUUGUUUCAAGAUUUAAAUUAACGAUGGAGACAUUAAUUGAAGAGCUCCAAAAGCGGAGAUAACCCAAAUAACGGAAACGACAUCACGCACACGCCGCUAGAAACGGCCUAUUCACGUGAAAGUAAUCGUAUUUUUUACGUUCAACCAACGUCAUGAUUGAUCCAAGUUCAUCGGAUGAAGAACCUGAUGAGGACCAAAACGCACAGCGUGGAGCAGCCAGUGGGGGCCGGGCUACCGGUAGUAGCCAUGGUUCUCGUCGUCAUCCCAGCGCUGGAAGUGGAGGCUCCGGUGCGGGUGCCAUGAGUGGAGGUAGUGCCGCCGGAUUUACUGCAUCACCUGGAGGUCAGAGUCAAGGCAGCGGAGGAUCACCAAGCUCGCAUGGUGGAUCUCAUGGACGCCAAGCAGGAGUAAGCCAAGGCCCUGCAGCCCAAGAAGCUGCAGGCUCUGGAUUAGACGUCCCUAACUUAUCAAGUGCACGAAACUCGCUGUCACCAUCAAUGAGCGCUACCCAAGAUGCUGCGAACUAUGCAAAGUCAGUGCAAAGGCCUACCAGCCCUUCGCCGUCUGUUGCUAGUGAAAAAACAGAAGUUGAUUUACAAGAUAAACAAGAACGUGAAGAAGAAGAAAGGAAAACUCGCAUACAACUUUAUGUAUUUAUCUCUAGAUGUAUAGCUUAUCCAUUCAAUGCCAAGCAGCCCACGGACAUGACCCGAAGACAAACGAAAAUUACAAAGCAACAACUGGAAACAUUGUGCUCUCGUUUCCAGGCUUUUUUGAAAGGAGAGACACAAAUUAUAGCAGAUGAAGCCUUUCACAAUGCUAUUCAGAAUUAUUUCGACGUAUUUUUAAAAUCAGAAAGAGUUGUAAAAAUAGUACAAAGCGGAGCUUGUUCCCAACACGACUUUCGAGAGGUGUUCAGGAACAAUAUCGAAAAACGUGUUCGCAGCCUCCCGGAAAUCGAUGGGUUGAGCAAAGAGACUGUUCUUACGUCCUGGCUGGCCAAAUUCGAUUGUAUUUUUAAAGGAACUGGUGAUGAAGACACCAAGAGGCCAUCUAGGAUGCAACAGCAGUCUUUAAAUUCGGAGCUAAUAUUGUCGAAAGAGCAACUUUACGACAUGUUUCAACAAAUCCUUGGCAUAAAAAAAUUUGAGCAUCAGCUUCUGUUCAACGCCCUUCUGUUGGAUUCAGCCGACGAGCAGGCUGCCGCCAUCAGGAGGGAGCUGGACGGUCGCAUUCAGAAAGUUAAUGAAAUGGAAAAGAAUCGAAAGCUCAUGCCGAGGUUUCUCCUUAAAGAGAUGGAGUCGCUCUACAUUGAGGAGCUAAAGUCGUCUAUCAACCUACUAAUGACUAAUUUGGAGUCAUUACCAGUCUCCAAGGGUUCGAUAGACAGCAAAUAUGGGCUGCAGAAGCUGAAGCGCCGUAGUGACCGCUCCCGCUACCGCACCCAGGGCUCUCUCGCUAAACUGGAGGGCGACUCCGCUGACUCCGAUCCGCAACUCACUAAAAUGGAUGUGGGCUUAAGUUUUUCAAUGGAAGUUGUUGUUAUGGAGGUUAAAGGUCUUAAAAGUCUCGCACCAAAUCGCAUUGUCUAUUGUACUAUGGAGGUAGAAGGUGGUGAGAAGCUCCAAACCGAUCAAGCUGAAGCCUCUAAGCCAAUGUGGGAUACUCAGGGUGACUUUACAACGAUGCAUCCCUUACCAGUAGUAAAAGUUCGUUUAUAUACAGAAAAUCCUGCAAUAUUAGCACUUGAAGACAAGGAAUUGGGUAAAGUCAUAUUACGACCAACCCCAUUAUCUUCAAAAAUUCCCGAGUGGCACCGUAUGAACGUUCCAAAAAAUAAUCCGGAUCAAGAUUUACGAAUUAAAAUAGCUUGUCGAAUGGAUAAGCCACUCAAUAUGAAACAUUGCGGUCAUCUCUAUGCUGUGGGAAAGUCAGUAUGGAAAAAAUGGAAGAAACGGUAUUAUGCUCUAGUUCAAGUCUCGCAGUACACAUUUGCGAUGUGCUCAUAUAAAGAAAAAAAGAGUGAGCCGUCGGAAAUGAUGCAGCUCGAUGGCUACACAGUGGACUAUAUUGAAGCCGUUUCUGCUAAUAUAAUGUUUGGCACAGAGUUAGAAGGUGGAAGGUACUUCUUCAACGCCGUCCGCGAAGGAGACAACAUUGUUUUUGCCUCGGACGACGAGAAUGAGUGCCAUUUAUGGGUUAUGGCUAUGUACAGAGCGACUGGUCAAUCUCAUAAACCUACACCACCUGUUUCCGUAGCUGACAAAAACUCUACUAUUAGCAAAAUACAAGGAGAUGCCGAUAGAGCUAGAAAACAUGGCAUGGAAGACUUUAUAAGUGCAGAUCCAUGUAAAUUUGAUCAUGCAAAUCUCUUCAAAUUUCUUCAAAACUUAACUCUUGACUACAGGCUUAAUGAUCCCUAUUGUUCUUUGGGAUGGUUUUCACCGGGUCAAGUUUUCGUUUUAGAUGAGUAUUGUGCGAGAUAUGGAGUUCGUGGCUGUUUCAGACAUCUCUGUUAUCUGAGUGAUCUUUUAGAUCGUGCAGAACGUGGUUGUAUGAUAGAUCCCACAUUGAUCCAUUAUAGUUUUGCAUUCUGCGCGAGUCAUGUCCAUGGUAAUCGUCCAGAUGGAGUAGGAUCUAUAACCCACGAAGAAAAAGAUAAAUUUCAGGAAAUCAAAGAACGUUUAAGACAACUAUUAGAAAAUCAAAUAACAAAUUUCAGGUAUAGUUUUCCAUUUGGUCGUCCAGAAGGUGCUCUGAAGGCAACUUUAUCUCUCUUAGAACGUGUUCUUAUGAAAGACAUAUCGACACCAGUUCCACCUGAUGAAGUUCGAGGAAUGAUUAAAUCAUGUUUAGAAACUGCAGCACUUGUUAAUUAUGAUAUGUUAUCGGCUGCAGCAAAAAUAGAAGAUGAAUACAACACAGAAUGUGCUCCUCCAGGAAAAAAACUAGAGGAUCUGAUAAGAUUAGCUGAACUUUGCGUCGACUUACUACAACAAAAUGAAGAACAUUAUUCGGAGGUAGCGUUCGCCUGGUUUAGCGACCUCCUGGUGGAGCAUGCUGAGAUCUUCUGGUCUCUCUUUGCGGUUGACAUGGACAAAGUUUUAUCUGAACAACCAGCUGAUACCUGGGACAGUUUUCCGUUAUUUCAAAUUUUAAACGAUUAUCUUCGAUUAGAUGACAAUUUAAAAAAUGGACGAUUUCAUCAACACCUUAGAGAUACGUUUGCACCAUUGGUGGUACGUUACGUAGAUCUCAUGGAAACAUCAAUAGCACAGUCUAUUCACAAAGGAUUCGAAAAAGAACGCUGGGAGAUUAAAGGAAAUGGAUGCGCUACUUCCGAAGAUCUUUUUUGGAAACUCGAUGCUCUGCAAUCAUUCAUCGGUGGUCUUCAUUGGCCAGAUCAAGAAUUUAGACAACAUUUAGAACAACGUUUGAAGCUCAUGGCGUGUGAUAUGAUAGAAUCAUGCAUUCAACGAACUGAUACGUCAUUUCAACAAUGGCUAAAGAAAGGCGUAACAUUCAUCUCUACGGAUUAUAUAAUACCUUCUGAAAUGUGUGCUAUGGUUAAUGUUAUUUUAGAUGCGAAAAAUCAAAGCUUUAAGCUAUGUGCAGUUGAUGGAGUUGACGUGCACCAGUACCACUCUAAAAUUGAUGAUUUGAUAGAGAAAACAUCGGCCAGUAUGAACCAGGGGAUGAUCAACAAACUUGUCACAGUUUUAGAAGCAACUUUAUCCAAGUUAUCACGUUACGAUGAAGGCUCAUUCAUUGGUUCUAUUCUUAGUUUCACGAAAGUCUCUGGCAGUGGUAAAGAAAUGGGCCAAGCUUACGUCAAUUUUACAAGAAAUUGUAUGGAUCAAAUUCGCAGUAAAGUUAUUGAUGAAUUAUGGAUUUUGAACUUUUUUGAGCAAUGGUAUACUGAACAAAUAAAAAUGCUGUGCACCUGGUUAACGGACAGAUUGGAUCACAGUCUUCAUCUUUAUCAGUGUACUUGUUUAGCUCAUAUUGUAAAGAAAGUUUAUUCAGAUUUUGAACUUCAAGGAGUGAUGGAAGACAAAUUGAAUUCCAAGACAUAUCAGACGAUAGCGCAAAGAAUGCAGACAGAAGAAGCAACUUGUGCCUUAACAAUGAGUGCUCAGAAUGACGAAGGGCUUUCCGAAAAUGGGAAUGACGACGACGUUGAACGACCGAAAACAAAAGUAACAAUUGUCGAGUCUGCAGGUGCGGAAGAUGCAAACUAUGUCGCCAAUCUUACUAAUGCAACAUCUAAUGUUGUUGGAAAAGUUGGAAGUAUGUUUGGAAAAGGAAUCGGGGGUCUUUCAACGAAAUUUGGUGGAGCAAGUUGGUUUUAGAUUUAUUAAAUAGCAAAAUCACGAAGGCAACAUAACAUUAAUAAUAAUUCGCAAUUAAUAAAAAUGUUAUUAUCAAUAUUAAUAUUAUUAUAAAAAAAAAAGAUAGAGCAAAUUUUAAACAAUCAGAAAGAUACUUCUAUGCAUUGAACUUUAAUAACGACACAUGAAAACUUAACACAUAGUAAUAUACGAUAUAAUUAUGUACUUAAAAUUCAUAGAAACGAAUCUUUGUCUUUACUUACGUUGCAAGAAAAAAAAAAAUAAAAA